AUGGCAUCAACAAAACCGAUUGCAGUAGUUAUUGGUGUAGGUCCAGGUUUAGGAGCAGCAUUAGCCAAAAGAUUUGCAGUUGGCGGUUAUUCAGUUGGUCUUAUUGCAAGAAAAGAAAGUAGUUUACAACCUGUCCAAAAAGAACUCGAACAACUAGGUCAUACAGCUUUGAGUGUUACAGCUGAUGCUGGUAACGUAUCAUCAUUACAGAACGCUUUUAAUACAAUUCGAACAAAACUUGGAAAUGAUCCUGAAGUAUUAUUAUAUAAUGCUAGUGGAUUUGCUUAUAAAAGUAUUUUGGAUUUGAAACCUGAAGAACUUCAAAAUUCACUCAACAUAAGUGUUGUGGGUGCUUUAGUUGCUAGUCAGGAAGUACUUCCGAGUAUGGUUAAAAAUGGAAAAGGAACAAUAUUGUUUACUGGCGCAACAGCUAGUCUUCGUGGUUCAGCUAAAUUUGCUGGUUUUGCUGCAGCAAAAUUUGCUUUACGUGCAUUAGCUCAAUCAAUGGCGCGUGAAUUAGGUCCACAGGGUAUUCAUGUUGCUCAUAUAAUUAUUGAUGGAGAAAUUAAUACACCGAGUCAAGUUCAACGUCAACCUGACAGAAAUAUUGAAGCAUUUCUUAAUAGUGAUGCGAUUGCUGAGACAUAUUGGCAAUUACAUACUCAACCUCGUUCAACAUGGACACAAGAACUUGAUCUUCGUCCUUCAGUGGAGAAAUUUUAA